AUGAGUGACCGUGGCCGAGGCAGCGGCGGUUCGGAUGCAAAGCGAAGUGGUAGCAGUGCGGCGGGACGUGGCAACAGUACAAGCAGUCCUCGUAAUGCGGUGAAGGAUGAGCCCAGUGGGGAGCGAGGUGAACGAGAUCGCAGCACGCGCACAUCCUCAAACGACAGGUUUGCUGUUUCAUUUUUUGUAGCCAGUGGUGCUCUGUGA